GCCGAGGCUGAGGGUCCUUCCUCUUCGCGGCCCGAGCUUCGCUUCCUUCUCUCCACUGCGCACCGCCGCACACGCAGCAUCCAGCACACGCCUCCGCAUCGCCGCUUCUUUCUUCCCACUUGCACUUCCCAGCAUCCUCUUCUCGCUCCCGCACACUCACUCGCCUCGCAUCUGUUCCGGCCCCUCUUGCAUUGCCCUCCACCUGCGCGCCCCUCAUCCAAAUGCCGCCCUCUCUCUCCUCGCUCCUCGCGCCCUUCCCGCCCAGCACGCAUGCCGCCCUCGCGCGCCUGCACGCCGCCCUCGCCGCGCCGCAGCCGCCGCUCGUCGCGCUGCACGCCCUGCCGCACUCGGCGCGCGCCGCCGUCGCCGUCGUCCUCUUCCUCGACUGCGCCGCCCAUCCCGCCGCCUUCCGACCAUUUGUCUCGCCCUCCGAGGCCGAACGCGGCAGCGGCAGCAGCGCAGAGGAGGGGAAGCCCGAAUGGCUCGUGCUCCUCACGACGCGCUCCCUCACCGUCGGCUCGCACCCCGGCCAGGCCAGCCUGCCGGGCGGCAAGAUGGAGCGCGGCGAGGAUGCGCGGCGCACGGCGGCGCGCGAGAUGCGCGAGGAGAUUGCCCUCGAUGUCAGAGAGGGCGCCGUCGAGGUGGGAGAGGGCAAGAGCUUCCUCUCCAAGACCAACCUUCUCGUCACUCCAAUCUUCUAUCUGCUGCCUCCCUCUUUCGCGCAGCGAGCGCUGCCCAAGCUGCGUGCCUGUCCUUGCGAAGUGGCGGCGAUGUGGGCGUACCCACUGCGCGCCUUGCUCUCCUCGCACGCGCCGCAAGCGCCGAGGCUGCGCCUCCAGCACCCGACGAAAGUCGACCGCCAUCGGCCGCCGCAGGAGGCGUUUCGCACGUGGAGCGACGUGCCGUGGAUGCAUGGAGGCACGUAUCGACUGCAUCGCUUUCGCAGUGGGCAUGAGCUAGUCAAAGGUCUCACGGCCGACAUUCUCCUCUACGCCACCACGCUGCUCCUGGACAAGCCGGCAUUUGACAUUCUCUCGCCGACGCAGCCGAGCUGGGAGCAGGUGGUGCAGGGCAUGGUGGAGCGCAUGCAGCGCAAUGAGGGCAGAGGCAGGAAGAGAUGGGGCGAUGGAGAGAGUGGCGACAAGGAGGGCGAGGCGCAGAGGUAUGCGACGUGCGUGGGCAGAGAUGGCGUGGAGACUUCGGGUUGAAAGGAGGUGUAAUGAGACAAACAUAGAGAUC